UCCAAAUGAUGUUUAGUUCGAAUGUGUUUUUUUAAAUAAAGUAUUUAUUUAGUAUAUUAAAUACAAAAUGUAUAUAUUUUUAAAAUAUAGAAUGUUUUAUGAGAAAAGCUGAAUUUUCACAACAAAAAGUAUAAAUAUUUGGUUUGUUUUUAAAUAAUAUGGAGUUAAAAGUGUGGGUUGAGGGUAUUCAAAGGAUUGUAUGCGGAGUCACAGAAACUACAACUUGUCAGGAUGUGGUUUUUGCGUUGGCCCAUGCAACUGGAAAAUCUGGACGAUUUACAUUGAUUGAAAGAUGGCGAUGCAAUGAAAGACUUUUAGCGCCUAAUGAACAACCAUUAAAAAUACUUUCAAAAUGGGGUGAAUAUUCUAGUGAUGUACAAUUUAUUUUACAUUGGAACGAUGGUACUAAUAAAAAUGUUUCGCCGAUACAAAAUCAUUUAUCACCAAAUGUUAAAUUAAAAAUUAAUGCAAAUAACUCAAUGAAUACGCCUACAAAUAAUUCUACAAUAUGCGUUGAAUCUCCAGAAAAAUCUAAAACUACUUUUAAUAGUGCAAAUAAUUCAAUUGAAGAACAUAAUUCGUCAGUGAUGAAAAACACAUCAUCGUCGUCAUCAUCACAAGACAAAGGUGUAUUUGAAGAUGUUGAAAUGUUUGAAAAUACCAAUAUUACAACACAAAAACAACAGACUGAUCAUAAUUAUUCAUCACCAUACACAAAUGAUAAUAAUAUUACACAACAACAACAACAAAUGUCUCCACCGUUGAUGGCACCACCAUACAAAGAUCCACCAAACCCACAUGCUCCACCACCAUAUAGAAAUCCACCGUCACCGCAAAAUUCAACACCAACUAAUAAUAAUAAUUUAAAACAAAGGAAAAAUUUUAUAAAGGAUGUAAAUCGACCAUUAGGCGUGAAUAGUGAUGAAAAUACUUUAUAUAAUACUCAGUACAAAGAAUUGAUACAGUUGGUAAAUUAUCAACGUGAAAAAAUAUCAAUACAACAAGCUGAUCUCACAAAGUAUGAUGCUGAAAUUGUAUUUUGGGAAACCAAAGGGCGUGAACAGCAAGGACGUUUAAAUUUGAUUGCUCAGGAAUUAGUUAAAGUUAGUAAUAUUAGCAGAAUUAAUAGUGAUAAGAUAAAAGCAUUAAAUUAUAUUGAAGAGGAAAAUGAAAUUGUUCGACAGCAAGAAAAAAUAUUAAAAUCUGAAAUUACAUUACUACGUUCAAAACUCGCCAAUUGCGAAACAGAAUUAUUGCAAUGUAAAAAUAAAAUUCGACUACUAAUGGACGAAUUACAAUUAGAGAAACGAGCACAAAUGCGUCUUGGUGAAUCACAAAUACAAUUAGAACGCAGUUUAUUAACAGAAGUUGAACGUUUACAACAUGAAUUAGAAUUAGCAAAUCAAGGAACUGAACGCAAUCAAGCAACCGCAGACGUAUUAAAACGUGAAGUUGCAAUUUUAGAACAAGCAAUUGUUGAAAAAAAGAAAGAAGUUGAAUCACUAGUCAAUGAAAUGAAAGAGGCCAAUUUACUUAGUCUGAGUAUAACAUCUACCGAUGAAAUACGACAUUUAUUAGAAGGGCCCAUAAAAGCUGGCAGUACUAGAAAAAUAAUUGGAUCACCUAGACAAUUGGAGAAUGCAGUACCAACAAAUAAAAAUCCACAUGGCGUUUGGGUUUGAUAUAUUGUAAAUAAUGAAAUGUUUACCAUAAUUAUUCAUUUAGUUAGGUAUAUGAGUGUUGCUAAUUAAUAUUCAUUUUUAAAUUGAUCAAGUGACAAAUUUAACGUACAAUGAUCGGUAAAUUGUAAAACAUGUCAGUUUUAAACACUGUUCAUUUUGACGGCUUUAAUGUACUUAAAUCGGUAACUGUAAAAUGAGGGAUGAGGAUUUCGAUUGAUUGAAAAUGAAUAUCAUUGACUGACAAAGAAAAGUAAGUCUAGAUGCGAUCUGUUUGUUGAUUCACGCUUAUAAAACUUACUGAUUACAACAUCUUGUUGCACAAGUUCUUACGAAAAAAAAUUUCCGAAUGCCCAGCUACCGACAAUUUUCUAAGAAUUUGUCCAACAGGAUACAAUUUAUAUGUCGUAGUCAACUAGUUUAAUUAGCCGUUCAGUUUACAGACUAGCUUUUUUACUUAGCCGUAGAGUCUACACAAUAUUCAAUGGACUGGCUGAUUGGUGCUUAAGCCAUUCGUACAAUAGAAUGACCAUUUGACAAAAAAGAUGAAAUAUCUGACAUUAAAAAUGAUUUAUUUGCGUAAUUUAAAAUAAAAUAAAACAUAUGAGUUAUUUGUUAACGCAAGUUAAACUUCCAUGGAUUUGGAUCCGAAAAGAUCCAUAAGCGCAUCUAUUAUUGCGACAUUGAUUCACAGCCGGCUUAUAUUUACAUUUUUGAAAUCCUUGACCACCAAAAGGUGACUGACUUGCCACAGCCUCUUUCAAAGAAAUUGAACAUUUUCUGAAAUUUGGUCUUCAUAGUUUGUAUCUGAGUACUGAAACUUUCGCAGUCAAAACCAGAUUUUAAUAGUACCAUAUUUAAUUUCAACUUUUUGUUACUGAACUCUUCCAUUGUACUUUUUUGCGCAAACGCAAUCACACUGUGAGAACACCAACAAUAAUGUUAUUUGCCAACGCCAUUUUGGCAGUAUGUGAGUUUCAGCGCCAGGUAACAGAAAUUGGAACUUAAUUUAAAUAAUUAGACUAGGCAAGUAGUUGAACAUUAUCGAUUCAAAUUAAUUACCUAACUAUUUGAUUGAAUGACUGAAUAUAGUUCAGGCCGCCAGUUGAAUGGCUCCAUUUAGUAAAAAGUCUAGGAUGCUAAUUGAACGUAGUAAGCUUUUAAGUCGUAGGCUUGAGGUCUACUCGUCAUAAAAACAUUUUCUGUUGAUGGUUCGUCUUUGUCAUAAUUAAAAAAUAUAUUAAUAUAAUUAUCAAAUUCAAAAUUAUCUGUCACUUGAUCUCAUAAUAAUAUCCGAAAAUACAGUUAUUUACAUAAAAGUAACUCUAAAUAUCUAAUGUAAUUUUCAAAUCCUCAACAAAAUAUUUUUAAUUCGCACUCUUAUUUAGGGCACUCAGACUUUUAAAUACGUAUACAUUUUAUUUAUUACUUAUUAAUUAGUUGUUUUAUCGACUGAAAAUCCAAUCACUUUUUAUAAUUUUCGUAGCCAGACAAAAUGUGUAAUUUUUUUUAAGUAAAGAAAAAAAAUUGUUUAAAAGGCUUCGGAUAACAAACAUCCUUCGAAUAUAUAAAAUCCAAAGACAUAGAGAAUGGAAUUCUCGCCCGUAUUUACUAUACAGCUGAAUAGGGAACAUUCAGUCCAUCCUCUAUGUCUUUGAUAAAACCCAAGUUAGGCUACGGAUCCUUAUUUAUAAGUGACAUGUACACUAUUAAAAUUCGGUUUGGAUUAUUAAAGUUAUAUUUUAUGAAAAAAUUAUUACAAUAACAA